AUGUCACACUCUUCUAAGCUCUUCAAAGCGCAGAAACGCAAGGCCAGCGUGGUAUCUCUUGGAGACGAAGCACCCGUCGAGAAGAAGGAAGUCAAGAGAGAGAAGAAGAAGAAAGCGAAAUCCAACCAGCGCAAGGGCGAGAAGAUUGCAGCGAAGAGCAUGACGCCAGAUCCUCAACCACAACCUUUCUUCACCAAUAAUCGUCGAUUCUUCAACUAUACCACCCACAAUGUCAUCCUCCGACCGCGUAGACAGCGUAACGGAAUCCUCGCGCAUCAAAAACUCCCUGCACAGCGUCGCGCAGACAUGGGACAAGGCGCGGCCUUACAUUGA